CUCCGCCCCUUCCAAGCUACUGUCGCCUCCUGUCUGUUUCCAUGUGUGUUUGGUAGUUUGGAGGCGGGUUGACAGUGUGUGAAACACGGGAGAGACUCACAGGAAAGCUGUGAGAGAUGAACAGUGAAAAUUUCAGCCUGAGUGAGAGGAUAGUGUCGGCCUCCUACAUUCGACAGGGGAGCCAGGCUCGUCGUGGCCAUGAGCAGCUCAUCAGACACUUACUGGAGCAGGGUAAGUGUCCAGAGGAGGGAUGGAGUGAGAGCACCAUCGAGCUCUUCCUGAAUGAGCUGGCUGUGAUGGACAGCAAUAACUUUCUCGGUAACUGUGGCGUCGGAGAGAGGGAAGGCCGCGUGGCAUCCAGCCUUGUGGCAAGACGACAUUACAGGUUGAUCCAUGGCAUAGGACGGUCAGGUGACAUAGCUGCUAUUCAGCCCAAAGCUGCAGGGUCCAGUCUGCUGAACAAGCUGACCAACUCAGUGGUGUUGGACAUCUUAAAGCUCUCAGGUGUCCGGAGUGUGGCGAGCUGCUUUGUAGUUCCCAUGGCAACAGGAAUGAGCUUGACGCUGUGCUUCCUAACCCUUCGUCACCGAAGACCCAAGGCUCGCUACAUCAUUUGGCCUCGCAUCGACCAGAAGUCCUGUUUCAAAGCCAUGAUCACAGCAGGCUUUGAGCCAGUGGUGGUGGAGAACGUUCUUGAGGACGACGAGUUGCGGACAGACUUGGAAGCAGUUGAGCGCAAGAUCGAAGAGCUCGGAGCCGAGAACAUCCUGUGCGUUCACUCGACAACGUCCUGCUUUGCCCCGCGGGUCCCUGACAGGCUCGAGGAGCUGGCCGCCAUGUGUGCCAGUCAUAACAUUCCCCACAUAGUUAACAAUGCAUACGGAGUACAGUCGUCCAAGUGCAUGCAUCUUAUACAACAGGGGGCUCGUGUCGGAAGAAUUGAUGCCUUUGUGCAAAGCUUGGACAAGAACUUCAUGGUUCCAGUAGGUGGCGCCAUUAUUGCAGGUUUUGAUGAGUCCUUCAUACAAGAGAUAAGCAAGAUGUACCCAGGUCGCGCAUCGGCCUCACCUUCCCUCGACGUCCUCAUUACCCUUCUAACUCUGGGUGCCAGCGGCUACAAGAAACUCCUAUCAGAAAGAAAGGAGAUUUAUUUGUUCCUGGCUCAGGAGCUGAAGAGUCUAGCCUCUGCACACGGGGAGAGAUUGCUUCACACCCCACAUAACCCCAUUUCACUGGCCAUGUCUCUGGAUGGUCUCCAGGCUGGGAGCGACAAGGCGGUGACUCAGCUGGGCUCCAUGUUGUUCACGCGGCAAGUGUCAGGAGCCAGGGUGAUACCACUGGGCAAGGAGCAGACCGUAAGCGGACACACGUUUCGCGGCUUCAUGUCGCACUCUGAGGCAUACCCCUGUCCUUAUCUCAAUGCCGCCGCAGCUGUGGGUAUCACUCGAGAAGAUGUGACACUGUGCGUCAAAAGGCUUGACAAGUGCCUGAAGACCCUGAAGAAAGAGGGAGACAGCAGGAAAAGUAGUUCGCCAGUGCUUCCACAGAGCCAGGAGGGCACUAAUGGAGAGGCACUGACUGAGCUGAAGUAACUUUAACGGGAAGUGUAGACGAAGUGAGUUCUAGUUAGUUUGAGCCCUCUGCUGCCUGAACUUUCCUCUCACUGUGAUUUGAACUCACCUAUGGAUUAUCAAUCCAGAUUUUGUUAUCAGGUCAAAGACUCGAGCUCAGCAGCAACAGCUGGCGAUGAAACUGCGUGCAGGAUUACAAACAAAGUGACACGAGCUGAUGUCACUGAUUAAUUCCCUCCUCUGUGAAGCUAAUUAGUAGAUACUGUAAGGACACAAGCUGCAUACAAAUGUUCCUCGGGAGCAUAUGGUCGUUCACCACUGAUCUGUAGUUAGACCAAAGCGUUGGAUUGUUGUCUGUAUAUGCUGAAAAUGUUUCGUUAAAUGGAUAAUGGAUCAACCAUUUACAUGGCAUGUACUUUCUGUGUGUUAUGUCUCCUAAUUAAACCCAUCUUAAGUCUCCGCAGUGCAGUUAUGGGAUUACAUAUUCUGCACACCAUCCAGUUUUACAGUUUGAAAUCAAUGCUGGAAUAUAAUUAAGUGUGUUUCCUCUUUUUUUGUUUGCUAACAUCAGGCAGACACAUGGCUAUCUAUAUUUGGGAACACAUUAUGCUUUUCCACCAUAUUGAUAUGUGAAACAAUAUAGCUUUAUAAUGUAGUAUGUUGUGCCGUGUCUUCUGCAGUGUGAUGUAAUGUGAUACAAAGCUGCUGAGCCAUUAUCUGCACUCCAUUUGAACCCAGUGUAUUGAAUUAGCUCAUUUACUUUCAGGCUGUGAAAGCGAUCGCAGGGUACAGAUAAUCAAUGAAGUACACCAAACGCGGAUGACUCUUGUGUUUAGGAAAGGUUCACUGAACCUCAACUUUAUGUUGCAUUAAAGGGAUAGUUUGGGUUUUUUAAGCCCCACUACAAAAAAUCCAAACUAUCUGUUGAACAAUUUAAGAGAUGGGGAGUCAGGUGUUAAACUAUUACUGUUAUACAGCAUUUGGAUUUCAGUCAUCUUCACUAGGGGAAUUGAUCGUCAGUCAGGUUUUCUUGCGUCUUUUGUCUCAUUCCCCCCGCUCUCCAGUCUCAGUCAUUAGAAAGCAGAGCAAGUAGUGCCCCGAGGCACAAAAAUAGACUCCUACUAAAGCCUCACUGACUGAUGACUAAUCUAUAUUUCGAUACUUAACUGUCCAAGUUCUUCCUGUGCCCUCCCCUUCAUGUGCUGCAAAUUAUCAAGGUUGCUUGUUAGAAAGCUUGGGGCAUGUAAAGUAGAUGCUGCUGCAUGCUCUGGAGUUGAGACACUCAGCUCGGGUUGGGUACAGCAAAGUAUUAUGCAUGUUGUUUUUGUAACUGCAGUUGGAUGCAUGUAUAGCAAUAGCAACAGCACAACCAAUCCACCCAGCAGCCUGUGAGAGUGGACUGGAGUCAGAUAGAUACUGCGAGGGUGCUGUAUCAGCACACUUUGACUGUUCCCAGGCUGUACUGAACCAUUAACGAAAUAUAGUGGAAAAACACUGUGACGGCUCUGGUACAGUGCCGCACUCACAUAACAGCUAUUCUCUUGAUGUUGGCUUCUUUUGUCGCAGCAAAUCUUGCAUCAGCUUUGGUCGGAAUUAAGAAAUAAUCAGCUGUGGAUGAUGUGUCUGACAGAUUCAGCAUAUGGAACAUUUGGUUUACAUGAACAGAGCUCACUGCCUCAGGAAAAAAAAAUAAUUCUCUUCUCUUUGCCAUCACCAGUUUGAGAGGUUUCCCCAUCUUUUGCUGAGGUUGCAGAGACGCCGUGGGGAACCAAGAGCAUCAGACCCGCUUUUUUUGUGCCUCUCCUCCCCUAUUGAUCAAGUGUGCUGCAGUGUGUAAAUCAGAAAAGGUCUGCCACUGAAAAUCUUGCACACAGCAUCCAGUUAUCGGUGCAUCAGAUGCCAAGUGUUGCAAUAACGAAACAGCCCAGGUAAAAAUAAAAUGGUCAAAAUUAUAUGAUGAAACUUGGCAAAAGACACUCGCAGCCUCUUGUUCCCCUCAAACCCCAAUGAUUGUUUACCUCCAUUCCUCCUCAACAAAACAGACUGCCUGAAAAUAUUCCUCCUAAGUCUGCUCUCACACACUAAAUCAUAAGUGUAAGUACCCCAGGGAUGCUGCUGGAUGACAAAUGGCCCCUUGCUCCAGGCUCUCAGCAGCUGCCAGGUAGAGUUUGGCAAUGAUGAAGUGCCAUAGUGGCACAAACAGGGCCACAGAUUAACCAAAUUGUUACCAAAGGGGCCACAGUUUACCAAACCAGCAAGGGUCAUGGAUUACCAGACUGGGAGCAGUAGUGACAUCGGGCCUGGCUGGUACAACAACACUGGCCUUCUCCGCUUCUUACUAAGAGAAUGAGUAUUGACCUGGCUCUGCUUUUAAGAGUCACUUGAAAUAGCCAAUCAAAUAAAUUGUCAGUAAUUACUUAAUUGUUAAGAAUCCACAAAACAUAUAUAAUUAUAUGUAUAUUUUAAGUUAAUUUUAUUUGUAUGGAAUCUCUAACAUAUCUAGUAGAAGUUAACAUGUCAACAACAAUCUUCUAUGUUUGUUGCAUGUAAGUAGGAAUAAAAUAAUGUAUAAAAAUGGCUUCAAUGGAAACAAACGCACUCAUUUAGCACCACACUGACAAAUGCAGACUGAAGAUGCAGUGAAACAUUGUCAGCUCUGUUCUGGACUGCUUUGAACCCUUAAUAAAUGCAAAUAAAUUAAUGAAUUUCAAA